UCCUCAAAUCUUUAUUUCAGGCUCGACCGCGAACUGGUCGAGGCGCGCGGCCCGCUUUUUUACCGUCCGAUACGACGCUUCUAAAUUUGAAUCUUCUACGGAGCAGUGCGAAUCGACGGCUCGCCGCACGUGAAAAAUAUUUUAAGAAAGCCGUGCGUGUUUCUAGUCACCGUUUCUAGUCAGCCAGGAUAUUCUAACCUAGCUAACCUGAUUUCUGGCCGAGCUCUGUGUGCUUCUUCUACCCGUGAUAUCGCCUCGCUUCGAACGACGACGAAGACGACGACGACGACAGCCGACGGUUUACGCGAGUGUGGUUGCUACUGUUGCGACUGUUUCGAGUGUGGCAAAAGUUUUGUUAAUAAACAUCGAUCCAAGGGAAACCGCGCGAGGAAGACCGCGAGUUGUGUGUCUCGAUCGAGCAAGAAAACUAUCGAUACACACGGGUCUCCCGACGAUACGUGAACGGACAAGGAUUAGAGGAGAGUGACAGAAGAAGGAAAAAACGAGAGGAAAGAAGAAGAAGAAGAGAAGGAUCGGGACCGAGAAAAGCUUCUUUUCGAUAUCGUCGUCGUAGUAGCUGCCGUGUGUCGUACGCUCGUCCAAGUCGUUUGUAGUCUCGCAGUUAGUUAGUUAGUCGCUGUAGUCGGCGUAGUCGUCGUCGCAACAAAUACGUGUUCGACGAAUACGAAUACGAAUCGACGAAGAUCCGGCGUGCGAAGUGACGCGUGUUGAUUCAAUCGGCAGAAACGAGUGCAAGUUGAUUCGUGCCAAAAGAAAACAAGUGGACCGCCAGGCGAACGUAGUAAACCGCGCGCGGCGACGUCAGGUUAUAAUAUCCUUCAUGGUAAUCCACAACGUAAUCGACGCAGCACACCGCGGGGCCAGCAUUUUACCGAGAUAAAUGGAAAUAUUUUAAUACGAGGAACGCGCCCGUGGCACCUCGUCACCGAAACAAGAGCAGCACCCCGGCAACGAUAUCCUCCGAUCACGAGAUCGUGAUCGGAACAUCUGUGAGGAGUGCGCGCGCGAUCUCGCCAUCUUUGUUUUCUUCGUAUCGAUUCAGUGCGCGGCAAGAGAAGAUCGAUCGAUUGGUGAACGGACGUCGAGAUGCUCGACUGAUCGAGUUCGUAUCGAGUCGCGUUUCUAAUAUUCCAUCCAGUGGUUCCGAAGAGCUGUCCUUGCUCCGCAGCGUCGUGCAAAAAUGGGUCGGAAGAAGAUUCAAAUUUCGCGCAUCACGGACGAACGGAAUCGUCAGGUGACCUUCAACAAACGGAAAUUCGGCGUGAUGAAGAAGGCGUACGAGCUGUCUGUGCUCUGCGACUGCGAGAUCGCGCUGAUUAUCUUCAGCUCGAGCAACAAGCUGUAUCAGUAUGCGAGCACCGACAUGGACAAGGUUCUUCUCAAGUACACCGAGUACAACGAACCCCACGAGUCCCUCACCAACAAGAAUAUCAUCGAGGCACUCAACAAGAAGGAACAUAAGGGUGCCAUGUCGCCAGAGAGUCCGGAGCCGGACGCGAUCGAGUACAAUCUGACUCCGCGGACCGAAGCCAAAUACACCAAGAUCGACGAGGAGUUUCAGCUGAUGAUGCAGAGGCACCAGCACAACGGUACCCGCGCAAUGGGGCAGUCUAAUUACACUCUACCAGUAUCAGUACCAGUGAAUAGUUUCGGCGAAUCUCUACUUGGAUCUAGUCCUCAAAUGGCCCAUACCAGCAUUUCUCCGCGACCGUCGUCUUCUGAAACUGACUCAGUGUAUCCACCUGGAGGGAUGUUGGAAAUGAGCAACGGAUAUCCCCCGUCGGCAUCGCCGCUGGGUGGCUCCCCUAGUCCGGGUCCUUCACCGGCGCUAGGAGUCGGAGGAGGCAGCGCAAACAAAGGCAGUAAUCCGUCAAGGCAUUCGCCGCAACCUCCGCCUCCACCACCGCCGCCACAUCCUCACAGGACUAAUCUACGAGUAGUUAUUCCAACACCCCUUACGCAACCCCUUUCCGACGACACUAGUUACGAUAGCGGCCAUGCGCAAUCAGCAUUGAACACACCGGUGGUAGCGCUACAAACGCCAUCGGUCCCAGCCGGUUACUCCAGUUUCGGACCAACGGAUUAUUCCUCAGACCUCGGGAGUUUAGCAUGGUCUCAUCAGAGGUACGUUGAUGACUUAUCAAUGUAUUCGGCAGCCACCAUGUCCAGCAUCAGUGGUCUUCCGCAUCUGGCCGUGUCGAGUAGUACACCGCCGCCAGCCACUUCACCGUUGCCAGUGAAGAUAAAGAGCGAGCCGAUCAGUCCGCCCAGGGAUCCGCACGGAGGUAACAGCGGCUCGACGAGUAGCGGCCCUAGCACGGGCAGCAGUCUGCAUCAUACGACCCUGAACGUGGGCCCGUCGUCGAGCACCGGGGCACCGCCGCCUCACCACGUGCCCCAUCCCGGGCCUCAGUCGUUGAAUCUGGUAUCGAACAGACCGAGCAGCAACCCACCGGCGUCCCAUUCGGGCAGCAUAACGCCGACGAAUCUGCCGUCACCGGGUAGCGGUACGGUCGCCGAUAUCCGAACAAGUCACUCGAACGCUGCCGGAAACGCCGGGAACAACUCCGACUACGAGAACGGGCCUUUGAUGAAGCGCUCGCGGAUCACCGAGGGCUGGGCGACUUAAUAUUAAAUUAGGCGCGGGCGGAGUCACGGCUCGGUUGUUUUUGCGAAAACCUCCACGUACAACGGCGUCAUUUAGUGCUUGUGAAGCUCUCCAGGACUCGAAGUAUCCGUAGGCUACGGUUCACGGUUUUGCCCACUGGUUCUCCCUCCGGUGAGCCCCGUAGUAGCGCGCCCGAAACGCCCAAAACCGCCGAAAAACGUCUGAAACGCCCAAAAAAAUGGGGAACGAUCGGGCAGAAAAAACGUGAAUAUAUAUGUGAGAAAGGGGACGGCGAACGGCGUCGAAAUAAGGGCGGCGGCCCGAAUCAGUGGAUGGAAAACAGAAAUUUGUUUAUAUUUUCAAGCCCGUGGAAGAAUGCGUUUGUUUGACGAUUUUAAUAAAAAAAAGCAACAAAAAAACGGUGCCAUAAUGUUGAAGCGUUACACGUAUAUGUAUAUUUAUAUGUAUACAUGUGUAUACAUAGACACACACACAAACACGUACACAUGUCCCUAAUGGUUGCACGCGUACGUAUAUAUGUGUAUAUAUAUAUAUACACACACACGUAAUGUGUACGUAUACAUAUUUUUCAUGUAUAUAAUGCAUGAAAGUUGUUUGUAUAUAUGUCAUUAAUUCAUUGUCAUUUUCUUCGUGAUAUGGCAUUGUGUCCUUGGUACUUGUCGCUGCGGCGACGGUUAAUUCUUUCCGGAAUCCGAAAUCCGAAACCCGAAACUCGGAACCCGGAACGGAAGGAAGCAAACGAAAUGGAAAAAGAGGAAUCGGUGUGUGUUUCUAUCGGAGACUGGAUAGAGAGAAUCGCGAUUCGGGAGCAAGCGGUGUUUUCGGGAUUUAGGUGCAUCGGCAGACCGAAUUUCUAUAAUCUAUCUAUCGAAAAGAGCUUGCGCGUACCACGUUCUAGAAUUUUUAUGCUAGGGAUUUACCGAUAAUUGUACUUCGUUAACUUGUUUCUUUUUCUGUUUGCGGGUUGAUUGUAGGUAGACGAGUUCGCGGCAUAAUCCGUUAAUUGACGUUUACGCAAAGAAUGCCAAUGGAAACGAUGAACAUAAUUUCUUUGAAUCGAAUGCCUAGUCAGAAAAUAAUGAUAUUCGAUUAGCGAUAGAAAUUUUAUUCUACAAUCUCUUUUUUCGUUCUUUUUUUCGUUUAUUAUUAUUUUUUUUCUCCCUUUUUCUCUCUUUUUCGUCUUUCUACACUUCUUUUAUUUUUGUAAAUGGUAAUUACUACUCGCUUGUAAAACCAACCGUACUAUUCUUAAAAAUGAAAAUCGAAGGAUCGUGCAACAAUUUUAUUCGUGGAAAAUAUCUGAAGAUCAUAUAUACGCGUAUCGUGGUUCGUCUUUUACUCGUUUCUCCUUUUAGUUUUUAACGAUUCGUUCGCGUUUCGCGGUCCAUCGGAAAAACAACCACCGUUGAUCGAAGUUUCCCCGAUAUAUCAUACAUAUAUUCGUGACGACUCGAGGAACGGUGAACCGCGAAACGUGCACGCUGACCGUUGGUAUUGUGUUUUCGUUUUUGACGCAAGUGGAGAGUCUUUUUCUUUUAGCGAACUUAUAAAUUAACGGUCUAUGUCCGCUAAGGAAAACGAUGUAUAAAUGAUAAAUCGGCUGCUGUACUCAAGAUGAAUUUUACGAUACGUUCCCGCGGAACACAAUCGAGAAAUGUUAAUAUAUUGAUUGUCGCGAGGUAAUAGACGAGAGAUAUACGCAAAUAUUCUAUGUGAGAUAAGCAUAUUAUUAUAUAGUGUUGAUUAUUAAUGGAGGAUAAAGAGCAAAGGUAUAUACACGCAAACUCGCAUCUGUAUACAUACGAUGAUACGUUAUAUAUACAUUUUUCACAAGUAUUUUGCACAUUUGAUAUGAAAGAGAAAAAUAGGAUAUAGACGGACGAGAGGAAGGAACAUUUGCAACCCUUCGAACCUAAAAAAGAUGACAUACAACGACACGCAGUCUAGACCUUGUCCAACCACCGAUCAUUCUAUCGGAACGGAAAUCUCUCUCGGUGACUUAGAAUCCUCGCAUUAUCAAAUCGUCAUAUCCAGAACAUUUCGGCCGGACAGGGUUGCAAUUCGAAAAGCUACACGCGCGCGCGCGCGCGCGCGCGCUAAGACGUACACACACAAAAUACAUACACACAUUCACACAAUUGUUGUUUUCUUCGUGGUUAAAACCGCUUCGAGAUGGUCUCAGCCUAUGCUUUACUCAAUCUCAGGAUGUAUCCUAACACUUGAGCUGCUCUCAAGAAUCAUAUUUGGUACAUUAUAUAGCGUAAUUGAACGUAAUUUGAACGUAAUUAAUGGAAUACACAAAACGGUAUAUGAAUAAAUAGUGCCUGGCACCAUUUGUGGCCCUCCUUUCAGGUGACUUGCCCACGUUGUCAGCGCGCGCGUGUUCCUUCAACACAUGCAAAAUAAACACAUACGUACAAUCAUGUCCAUCUACACAUACACAAACACACGCUCGCGCGCGCGCGCCUCCUGGUCGUCGAGAGUGCAUCGUGCGUGCAACUACGAAAAAUAAACUGUCAACUCGCGUUGAUGCCGAAAAACAAUGGAUCGUGAUUCGAAACCGCGGCGCCAUUGAGAUCGAACAUCCUUCGGCUUGGAACGACUAAAAUGGAAAGAGAAGAGAUCCUAUCGAAUCGAAAUUUUCAAGAGAUAAUUGAACGAUGAUCUCUCCGGUUGGGCCGACAACACCGGCAAGUCAGUCUUUACUAUAAUCGUGACCGAAGAUUAUACGCGUACGCGUACGUUGAAAUGAAACGAGAUGGAAAGGAAGCCGUAUAAUCUUCGACGAAUAAACUUUGUUCUUUACUAACUUAUAAUAGUAACGUAUCUGAUGACUGUACGAACAAUCGGUGUGCGAGAAACAUAAGAUACAAUUGUGUAUAGUCACUAAUAUAAUUAAUCACAAAUUUUUAAGAUGA